AUGGAAGACAAAUCUAAUUCGUUCUCCAGCAACAAGGAGGAGAAGGCGGAUGGGAAUAAUGUUUUUCAGAGGCAAGACUCGAUACAGAAAAAUAACACGGGGAGCCAGAACAUGAAGGACCACGGCAACUCAGUGGGCUUCAAGGGGGAGCGGGAAGAGGCCAUGGUCGGUUUUGACGAUCUGGAGGGGGCGGCCAGGCAACAUGGUUUUAUGCAGAGGCAAUUUGGGGCCAUGAUGCAGCCCGGAGUCAAUAAGUUCUCCUUGCGUAUGUUCGGCAGUCAGAAAGCCGUGGAGAAAGAGCAAGAGAGGGUUCAAACGGCCGGAUACUGGAUCAUUCAUCCAUAUAGCGAUUUUAGGUUCUACUGGGACUUGAUAAUGCUCAUCAUGAUGAUGGGGAAUCUAAUCAUCAUUCCUGUGGGAAUAACCUUCUUCUCAGAGCAGACUACCACCACCUGGCUGGUCUUCAAUGUGGCCUCAGACACCAUCUUCCUGGUGGACCUGGUCAUGAACUUCAGGACGGGGAUUGUCAACGAGGAGAGCUCCGAGAUCAUCCUCGACCCCAAGGUCAUCAAGAUGAAUUACCUAAAGAGCUGGUUUGUUGUGGACUUCCUCUCCUCCAUUCCAGUGGAUUAUAUCUUUUUAAUAGUUGAGAAAGGCUUUGACUCGGAGGUAUAUAAAACAGCUCGUGCCCUGCGAAUCGUCCGCUUCACCAAGAUCCUCAGUCUUCUGCGUCUGUUGAGACUGUCCCGACUCAUCAGAUACAUACAUCAGUGGGAGGAGAUUUUCCAUAUGACCUAUGACCUGGCUAGUGCAGUGGUAAGAAUAUUUAAUUUGAUAGGGAUGAUGCUGCUUCUGUGUCACUGGGAUGGCUGCCUCCAGUAUCUGGUGCCUCUCCUCCAAGACUUCCCCCCUGACUGCUGGGUGUCCCUAAACGGUAUGGUUAACGUUUCCUGGGGUAAGCAGUACUCUUAUGCCCUCUUCAAAGCCAUGAGCCACAUGCUGUGCAUCGGGUAUGGCGCCCGGGCACCCGUCAGCAUGUCUGACCUGUGGAUCACCAUGCUGAGUAUGAUUGUAGGAGCCACGUGCUAUGCCAUGUUUGUCGGUCACGCCACAGCUCUAAUUCAAUCCCUGGACUCUUCACGCAGGCAAUACCAAGAGAAGUACAAGCAAGUGGAGCAAUACAUGUCCUUCCACAAGCUUCCAGCAGACAUGCGGCAGAAAAUCCACGACUACUAUGAACAUCGCUACCAAGGCAAAAUCUUUGAUGAGGACAACAUCCUGAGUGAACUCAACGACCCUCUCAAAGAGGAAAUUGUCAACUUCAAUUGCCGUAAACUCGUGGCCACCAUGCCUUUGUUUGCCAACGCGGACCCCAACUUCGUGACGGGCAUGCUGAGCAAGUUGAAGUUCGAGGUCUUUCAACCCAACGACUACAUUAUCAGGGAAGGCACAGUCGGGAAGAAGAUGUACUUCAUUCAGCAUGGUGUAGCGAGUGUCAUCACCAAGUUCAACAAGGAGAUGAAGCUGACUGACGGAUCCUACUUUGGAGAGAUCUGUCUGCUCACCAAGGGCAGACGAACUGCGAGCGUGCGUGCAGACACCUACUGUCGACUCUUCUCCCUCUCUGUUGAUCAUUUCAAUGAGGUGCUAGAAGAGUACCCCAUGAUGCGACGCGCAUUCGAAACUGUCGCCAUCGACCGAUUGGACCGCAUCGGGAAGAAGAACUCUUUGCUGCUGCAGAAGUUCCAGAAGGAUCUGAACGCCGGCGUUUUCAACACACAGGAGAACGAGAUAUUGAAGCAGAUUAUCCGUCAGGACAGGGAGAUGGUGAUGAUGGUGGACCGCAAGCAGUCAGUCACCGGGAUGAACUCAACACCAAUGUCAGGAAACUCCAUCAUUAACUCGCCAGCCCAGCCUCCCUUCCCCACUGCCUUCAGCACCAAUCAGCUCCAGCAGUCCUCUGUCCCCAUGACCUACAGUGCUUCAGCUAUUGCCAAUGCCUCUGCUGCCCGCAUGCUGCCAGCCGCUGCCGCUGCCGCUGUUGCAGCGCAGGGGGUUUACCCUCCUCCCAGUCUUUCCCACGGCAACCUGAAUUCAUCCUCAAUCAACCCACAGCAGCAAGGAGCCAUCAUGUCGCCCUGCUCCUUCACGGCUGCUAUGUGUAGUCCGCCUGUGCAGACCCCUCUGGCUAGCCGGAGCUUCCAGUACGGCUCGCGUACAGCCUCCCAGCUGUCGCUUAUCCAGCAGCCCAUGGCUCAACCAUCUCUACCCACGCAGCAGCAGCUCGCCCAGCAGCCUGCUGCAACAACUGCAGCCACAGCCUCUGCAGCACAGCAGCAGCAGCAGCAGCAGCAGCCGUCACCUCAGCAGCAGCAGCAGCAGCAGGUCCCUUCGCCUCAGCGGGGAGAAGUCCACAAGAGCACACAGGCCCUGCAGUCGGGCAGCUUGAGUCGAGAUGUCAGACAUUUAUCGGCCUCCCAACCAUCACUGCCACAUGACACAUCUCUGGGGCCCAGAGUGCACCCAGCCUCAGGAGACUCUCUGGCUUCCAUCGUGCCACCAACGGCAGCAGGGAUCCAGGGAAUGAAUCUGCAGAGUGGCAUCCGCACCACAGUGCCCCAGCGUGUCAACUUAUUCCGGCAGAUGUCGUCAGGAGCCUUGCCCCCGGUGCGCUCGGCUGCGGCGGCAGCAGCAGCGGCGGCAGCAGUGGCGGCAGCAUCAUCGUCCUCAACCCAGCACAGGGAAUCCCCCGGAUCUAGGAGAGAUUCUGUCCUGAGCAGUACGGAGACUGAGCAAGACAAAAUGCGUUUUGCAUCAAAUUUAUGAUCCCAUUUUUCCCUUUUCAUUUUUUAAACUUAAAUAUGUUUCAAUUCAUUUUUAAAAACGGAGAUACAACAAAAGAGAUAAAGAUGAGGAACUUCAGCAUUUUUGUUUCUCUCCAGUUUUCUUCUAAAAUAACCUCAUAGAAACCCUGUACAUACAAGCCCUUGUAUUAUAUUUUAGACACAUUGUCUCCCUAAACUUAAGAAUGUAUAUUAUACAGAUACAUCUCUCUUUUCUUUGACGCCAUAUAUAUAUAUACAUAUGUAUAUAUAUAUACUGCUGUGUGUAUGGGUGUGUGAGAGUGUGUGCAUGUGACCGCGUGUGUAAAAUCCAACUAGAAUAUUUGGCGAUGGCAAUUUAAAAAGCUGUAGUAUAAACAUGAGUCUUCCUUUCUGAGAAAUAUAAAGAAUUAUAUACAGUGUAUGAAGUUUUUUAAUUUAUUUUCUUUUUGCUUUUUGUUUUUUUUAAAACUGGAAUGCAUUGUGGAUUCUGACAAUGACAUAUAUUUCUUCUCUUUUUUUUUGUACCAUUAAGAAAGAGAAAAAUCGUCUUCUCCUAUUAAGCAGCUUUAGGCACCACUGUGGAAUUAUACAUGCAAGCAACUCUGACAAAUAAUCUCAAAAAGCACACACUCAUGAAUGAAUCUCACACCAGUUUCCUGAACCCUUCAUUUCAGAAACCAACACAGAUACUGUAACUAAGUGUUAUGUUGCUCUCUGCAACACAAAUACAGUAUGCUGAGCCACUAUAUCCCCACAGCGGCUCACAUACAAACCAUGACAGUGUUAUGGGUCCAAAGGGAAUAGAUAAUAGAAAUGCUGCUUUCUUUGUUUUCUUUUUUUUCGAGGAGAAUGGAGUGUGGAGCAAGAUAUGGAUGGAUGCUAUUGUUUUCUAUUUCUGAUUUCAGAUGGCUGAGAUGUUACGUAAUGUUGCUUAAAAAUUCUGUGUAUAUUUAUAAUAUUUAUAAACUAAAGAUUAUCACCAUUAUGCAAUAGACUGUGACAUAAAGAUUACCUAUAUGUGUGCUGUAAAUAGUUUUGUAGAUCUAGUAUUUACAGAUACUGUGUGGUGCAUUCUCUAUCAUAACAAUGUCUUACUUCUAUCAGGAACCUGGAUAUCAUCUAUACGCGAAAAAGGUUUAGUGACAAAAUACAUAUGUUUCAUAAGAGAUGAACAAACCUUAAUGCAAUAGCUAGCACUACUUGAUGCUGAGAAAUGCCCGAUCGGAGGACAUUGAAGAAUCCCUCUCUCUCUGUAUACUAUUCCUAGCCCCAGUGUAGGUUUUGAUUUUACAUCAAGUGAACAUAUACAAUAUUUAUCAACGAUACACGAUACACAUCGUUGCUGAGGAUCAUUUUGGGAAUGAUUCUUUUCUUCACAGCCAAAUUGAUUCAUUCAGUCCCUCCAGGAUUUUGUGGCGUUUUUUGGGAUUUGUGGUCUAAAAUGCCUAAUUACAGGGCAGCUUUU